AUGAACACAGCAGCCAUAUUCGAAACAUCUACGAUAAUUUUUGUUGUUCUGAUUUUGGUUUUAGUUGGAUUCUUGAUGAGAGAAAGAUUUGAACAUUUAUCUGCUGAACUUUAUUUGGCUGAAGUCAAUUUUCGUAAGGGUAAUAUAGAUAAUUUCAUAUGUAAACAUACUGAAUUAUACGAUUUUAUAGGACACUUAAACGAUAAUUUUUCUAUCGUAUUUCUUGUGGCAUAUAGUGGAACUGUUGCUAUAUUUGCAACUUUCUUAUAUAAUUUGGUAUAUAAAACUGUUUCUCCCAUUUAUUUAACUUUUUAUGCUCUAAUACUCUUAAUAUUCGUUGCCUCUUUCGGAUUAUGUUCCGUUGCCUUUCUAAUUUCUAGAAUUUUGGUUUCUGCCUAUGACUCGUUUCAAGAAAUAAGAAAAUUCAAGAUAAAUUCUUUCAACUUAGAAGAUAAAUUAAAGGUUUUAGAUUUCAUGAAAAGAUUUGAAAGCAUCAUCGGUUUUAGUUGUGAAGAUUUCUUUAUUAUAUCCAGAGAAUUUCCCAUUGAGCUAUAUAAUGCAUUGUAUAAUGCCUAUAACGUUUUGUUGCAAAUGAGAGAUAUCAACCAAGGUACUCAAGGAUGUAAACCUUCAUCAAAUCAUAUUAGUGCCAAUAUGACGACAAUAGCUCCAAAUUAAAUUAAUACUACGGAGUUUCUUUGAAUAUAAAUAUAGAAUAUAUAUUUAAAUGUUAUGUAUAAAUGUAAAACAAUCGAGAACAGGAUGAAGAAAUAUUUUAAAAAUUACUGUAUAUGGAGUUAAUUACUGAUAAUGUACUGAUACUGAUAACUUUCCCGGCUGUUAUAUAGAGGAAAAGUAUAAAUAAUAAUAAUAAAUAAUCAGCUGAUAUUAUGUAUUUGUUAUAUAGAAGCUUAAAUCUAACAGUAAGUAAAAAAAGUUGCAAGUCAUUCAAUUAUUCACCAGUGUAAAUAAUGUUAUUUAAAUUUUAUUGUUUUUUAAAGAUUUAACGAAUACCUUUGUACAUAAUUUAGAUGUGACAAUGUCAUAAAGUAACUUUUCAUUGAGUAGAUACAUCUGAUAAUGGAUUCAAUCGAAUUUUAAAAUGAAGUUAUUGGAAAUAAUGAUGCAACAAUUUAAUUUUAAAAUUAUAUUUCAUCCCUAAUAUCAUUAAACUAGUCUUUCACUUUUUCAAUCUUGCAAUUAGAAAAUAUGUUAUAUGUAUAUUUAGUGUAUGUGUAAAAUACUUUCAUUUUGAAUAUUUAUUGUAUAUGUAUUGUAUAUUGUAUUAUAUAUGUAUUGUCUACAUAAACAGGAAAAAGACAGAAAAAUUUUAACAUAUUUCUCGGAAACAUAUGCCGAAAAGUGUGGAGCACAAAUUAAAAAUAAUUGUAAUUUCGAUCAUUUCUAGUGAAAAUAAAAAAUGUAAUGAUUUUAUACCCUUUUACUCCUCCUUUUGGAAUCAUAGUGUAAUUUG